UUGGUGUUUUGUCAUAUCAGCAUCAAAAUGACUCACAUGUAAUAAAUAUGGUUGUUUGAAUAUUUCUAUUUCCUGGCCCUACUAGGGUCAGAGGUUGAUGGGGUCACAGAGGUCAAUAGCAACUGAUUUACCGGAGACUGUCUUCACUACUAAACAGCUGUACCUUACUCCAAAGACCAGCAUGGACACAUGUAAAGUUUGUGGUGCAGCAAACCUUGUGGAACAGGAUCAACACUCCUGUAGUGUGUGUAACAAGGUGUUGUGUGUUUCCUGUGCAGAGAUGCAAGAAAAGCUGCUCUUUAUGGGGAACGAUACCAAAAAGUCAAGGGGAGAUAACUGUCCACUGUGUAAACUAUUAUUUAGUAUGAGUGUUGAGGAAAAUACCACUCCAAUAGACGAUGAAGGUAUCAUUUCAUAUGAAAAUCACAGUGAAGUUAACUCACCAGUAUUAAUACAGGAAGUCGUUGACUCAAAAAGUACAGAUGGCCUAACUGAUGCUGUAUAUGCAAAUAAUAUGUCAAAGGUGACAGGUGCAAAGUUGUUAGAUUCAAAAAGGUUGGAUAAGACAGCUGUAGAUUCUUUAGAAACAGAAAGUCAAGAAAAAGGUAUCAGAGGUCAGAAUGGAGAGACUUUCGACAGUGGUCAAGGGCAGAAAUUAAGGACAUCACACAAUAAUGGUCACAUGGAUUCACAUGCCACAACAAUGGACAUGAGUCAUUCUGUGAAAAUACAGACCAUAGCAGAUAGAGGUCAUGAUAACAAGAAAGAAACAAUGACCUCAAGUGAAGAUGACAAGCUCAGCACCACAGGUCAAGGUGACACACUCAUCACCACAGGUCAAGGUGACAAGCUCAGCAGUAAAGGACAAGGUGACAAGCUCAGUACCACAGAUCAAGGUGACAAGCUCAGUACCACAGAUCAAGGUGACAAGCUCAGUACCGCAGAUCAAGGUGACAAGCUCAGUACCGCAGAUCAAGGUGACAAGCUCAGUACCGCAGAUCAAGGUGACAAGCUCAGUACCGCAGAUCAAGGUGACAAGCUCAGUACCGCAGAUCAAGGUGACAAGCUCAGUACCGCAGAUCAAGGUGAUAGUCUAGCGACAGUAAAUAGAUCUGAAAAACUAAUAGUGCCAAGAAACAGUCAGCAACAACCAAAUAUAGGUAAGCAAGCAAAAAUAUCAACACUGACUGAAACAUCCACUCAAGGAAAUCUGGAGUAUGUUAAUCUUAACUUGACUGACAAAACUACAGAUGUCAACCCUGAGGAAACUGUAUCUACACUAGAUAACGGAGUCUCAGAAAGGAAAGAGAUAUUGGGUAGAUCAGUCACAUAUCAGAAAGAAAACAAACUUUUAGAAGAUUCUUGUGUACAUAAUGUUGACGAGGAGACUGAAAUAUUAAAGAAGAGGGAAAUGACCAGCAGCUCUGACAAAUCAGAAAAAACAGAUCUUAAAAAGAAUCAAACGAAUAUCGCAACAUCAAGGUCAUCAACUGCCUUGUCAAAUUUAUCAUCAGCAGAGGGCAGUUCUAAUCAGACCUUGAUGAAUUUCGUGGAUGAAAAUGACAUUGAUGAUGAUUUAGAGGAAGUGGAGUAUGAUAAUCUAGGAUUGAAAGAAUACAAUGAACAGAAGCAUCUUUUAGAUUCAGUGUUAGGAGGGUUAAUGGGUCUCAAACAGUUGCAGAAGACUCAAUCUGCACACAGGUCAGGAAUGCGAAUGGCCGUUGUUAGAAUAGCAGAACCUGGACAGGUGACUCAGCAGCAAGAGGGACAUGGCACUACUCGUUUCACUCAACAGAUCCGCUAUCGUGACAUUCUGAUUGUUGGGGAAGGAGAUACAGCUUUUGGUUCUGAGGAAAAUUCAAGUGGUGAUUCAACAGUGCGUUCAAGCGAUACCAAGCCUCAUGAUGUGAAGGAAAGCAUACCACAUUCACUCUCAAAUCGGGAACCUGACGAUUCUAACAUGGCAAUUCUAGACAACUUUUCAGCAGGAAUACCAAAUGACUUUUCCAGUGGAGAUUUUUCCGGAUUAGGAUCAUAUGAACAUUUUACUAACCCUUCGCGGGAAAAGAAUCCUGGCAUUUCUCAUCCUGAAUCUAACCCUGUUAGACGCUAUGGAAGUAACUUUAAUGGUCAGACAGGAAGAACAAACACUUUCCAGAAUUCUGGAUCCCAGAAUUUUAAUGUUGAUGAAUCUGUCAUACCUGUGCAUGAAGACAGGGCAUUUAAUUCUGCAGAAUUAUCAGAUGCUGGUGGUAAGACAGGGAGAGGAACUAAGUCUUCUGGGGUUUCACAAAAGCGAUCUGGAAAGCAGAAUAGAAAAGAUUUUGCUCAUGCUUGCUCAGGGUGUGGUAGGAGGGACUGCGAAGGAAGCUUUAUGAAGUUCCUGAGAGAAAUGAUCCUCACGGCAGGAAAUGAAGGAUUCGAAAUUCGUAAUGUGAUUCCUGAUGGAAAUUGCAUGUUUGCUGCCAUUGUGGAUCAGCUAGAGCUAAAAAAAGAUUUCUCCUUUAGUCCAAGAUCUCUAAGAUUUGAGUGCCUUAACUACCUACGAGAAAACCCUAAAAGUGAGGAUGGUACCCCCUAUGCACUAUUUUUAGAUGGGGAAACUUGGGAUGAAUAUCUCACAAGGAUGAGUCAGGAUGGAGAGUGGGGUGAUCAUAUGGUACUCCAGGCGAUAUCACAGGUGACGAAAAGAAAUAUACAGGUCAUUCAUCAUGAUACAGAGCGAGACUGGACAGUUAUUGAACAUAAGCAGACCCCUGCUGACAAAACGGACAAGUCUGACUGCCUGUUUCUGGGUCAUGUAGGAGAGUUCCACUAUGUUAGUCUCCGACCAUCAGAUCUAGCCAAGCAACUGCAUAAUGACGAUGAUAUUGAGAGCGAUGAUGAAAACUUCAGAUCGUUGGAUGUCUUUCAGACUUCACCAAAUCUACCAAACUUUGAUGAUCCUUCUAAACGGGAGAUGUUUGAGGAGAAUUACUUUGACCCCUGGAGUGAGAUACCAGUUGUCCAUUUAUCCUACGUAAUGAAGAAGUUUGUUCCAAAUGCAACCACUCUCCAGAGUGCCGACUCUAUGGUGGCAAACGCCGAGAUGAUGAUGGAAGAAGGCCAGUUGAAUACCAUUAGGAAACACUAUGGGAUUGAUGUAUCGUCAUCUAUGGUUUUGAUUGGGGACGCAGCAGAAGGGUUAUAUGCUCCUUAUCUCAAUGAAAGGGAGAGAACUGAGUAUGACAAAGGAUCUGAAUGGGUAGAUGUAACAGGGCUGGUGAUGCCAAACACCUGUAUUGCAUACCCCAGCGAUCACAGUGAUGUCGGGGAGAUGGAUGCAUUGAUAGAGACUAAAGAUGUCCACCCGGGAUAUGCUCGACUAUUGACCCGUUACCCCAGUCAGUGGGGGAUGUCCUCCUCAGGUGCGGGAGCUGUUACCUGUUACCUCCCUAGUCAUCAUUCAAACUUCAAGAAAGCAUUCAACAUGAGUAAAGAGGAGAAAGACUACAGUGCUAGCCAAAACCCUUCCCUUGUGUCUUUUUUCAACAAAAUUUCCAUGGCCAUUGUGGCACCAUUUUGGCCAGCUGUUGCUGAAGAAUGGAAGACACGCCAUAGAAAAGCCAAUUGGCCGCCCCAAAAAAUCAUAGAUAACAUUGUUUCUGGCGGAUAUCAUUUUGAGUGUUUUCCACAUCCUAAGAGUAAAAAUCCAGACAUUGAAUUCCAUGCCUGUUUUGGUGUUGCCGAGAAAUUGCUUGCACAAGAGGCACUGAGCCAGGAUCAGCGAUACAUUUUCCUUGUGUUCAAGGCAUUGUGCAGUCAGGAAUUCACUGAAGAUGACCUCAUUACAUCAGUCCACCUCAAAAGCAUAUUCUUUUAUGCUUGUGAACAGUUGCCGUGUGACAUUUGGAUGACACGUCCAGGUUCUUGUGUGUUCUAUUUGCUUGAUGCUCUGUUUACUUGCAUUCAAGAAAGAAAUGUGCCUGACUACUUCCUGUCAACAAACAAUCUUAUAGAUCAUUUUGAUGAGGACCAGCACAAACAAAUCCUGCAGAAGAUAAUGACCUUGAGAAAUGAUCCAUUGAGCAAUCUAUUAAAGAUUGGUCAGAAAAACCGUAUCUAUAAUGCAGAAAGAAUCCUUACGUUGGUCACGAAUGAUAUCAAUGUUUUCCAUGAACAUCACAGUGCACGGAGAUCUGUAUUAGAAGCCCUUGUCCCUAUCUCUAUUGACAUCGCCAAAUACAACAUCCAUACAUAUUCUUACAAGCAGGCUUUGGAGCUACUACAGGAGGCAUACGAGGAACGUUUGGCUAUAAGUACUUGUGAGGAUGCUCUCCCUUUUACGGCUUUCCUCACACAAGCUACCGAUGGCUGUCCCGUGGAGAAUCAAUGGUGGUUCUAUCUCAACGUUGAUCAACAGCUUCACACCACCCUCUGUGCUGAUCUCAGCAUGAACAUGCAGCCAGUGGCACUAGAGGAACUGGUGGGUAAGGAUGUAGCCCAAACACUAGUUGGCACACUCAUUCCUGCGGUAAUGGCACAUAAACUUUGUCGUUUCUGCUCGGAUAUGGCCGCUCAUCUUUAUAACACAUACCACACCCAAAAAUGUCUGCCAUUUCUCUUGUACAAUUUGGACCGUUAUCGUGAGAAACGACAACGAUUUGCACUUGGUAACACUCAAGGUCAGCGUCAGUAUUUCCCCAACAACAGACAGCCAUUUACCGAUGAAGAUGAAGAUGAUUACACGGACAGUAAUGCUUUAAGGGUUUUCAAUCAGUUGUUUAUCGUAUACAAUCGUCUGAAUCAGCUUUGGAUAUUCCAGGAUCUCAUACCAGAGUUUGAAAACUUGUGUGAGAUCAUUAACACUAGACAUGCCUACACAAAACUUGUGAAUUCAUUAACACAAAUGGGACUCACUGAAAGAGCCCAGAUGGCAGAAGCCAAACGAAAUAGUAUUCCAAGUGAGAGUACCAGGUCUCCAUACCUGGACAGCAGCAGUACAUAUUACUGAAAACCAGAAUGGAGAUUUAAUCUGCAACACGUUCAGGGAUGGGGGCUUGGUCUUGGGUCACUUCAGAGUAGGAAUGAGGGUUUCCUGAAGUAGGAAAAUAGUAUUUAAUGAGUUUUCUGUUUAACUGUGGUAUAUAUGGGUUAAUGGCUUCUGAUUGUAUUAGAAGUGGCCAUGGCUUGUUUUGUCUGUUAAAAAUUAUUUUCUUAGCCCCAUAAUCCUGUAUAGUAAGCAAUAUUCUCAAAGGAUUUUAUAACAAAAUUAAAUCCCCAAUGAACUUUUCUACAACGAUAAAAAAUCUCUGAAAAUAUCUGUUAUGCAUGUAGACAUUGACACCAGUUCAUAAACACAAGUGAAAUGUAAUUCUGGUGAUCUAGCUCUCGCCAGGAAAACCAUAUCACCACCAAAUUAAACAACUUCCAGGCAGAGGGCGUCAAUUAGGAAUGAUCAAGAUGACGGCAAUAAUAACGUAGUUGAUAGUGUGCUUUCUGUUGCCUACUUCACUUUUGCUUUGUAUCAUGAUACUAAGAUACACAAAUUCUUUGUAGACAUUAGAAAUCCUUGAAUGAACAUUGAUAUGAUUGAUGUAUUUUUGAAAAAUAUUUUUAAGAAUUGAAAUUUGAAAAUCGUGAAAUAAAAUAAAAGGAAAAUGUGUAUACACACACAAAAGAGAGUGUCAAUAAUUUCCAGUCAACUGAAAAAUGAAAAACUUUGAAUAACUUAAUUCAUUGUCUCUUCAUUUCAAUAAUUAUUGGCUUUUGGACAAAUGAAUGAACAUUUUCAAAUAGACUGGUUGUAACUGGGUGAUAAGUGAAUGUGUAAAUGUAAAAGUGAGUGAAAGAUCCCUAUAGAUUUGUCUGCUCAAUUUUGAUUCUAAUCGGUGAGAAACAACUGACACUUAGCCAUUUUGGAUUUUGAUAUCUAAAGAGUGUUAUCACAUUGAUUGUGAAACAAAAUGGCCAACAGGCAGCCAUUUUGGGUUUUGAUAUCUAAAGAGUGUUAUCACAUUGAUUGUGAAACAAAAUGGCCAACAGGCAGCCAUUUUGGAUUUUAAUAUCUAAAGAUUGUUAUCACAUUGAUUGUGAAACAAAAUGGCCAACAGGCAGCCAUUUUGGAUUUUGACUGCAGAAGAAUCUAAUAACUAAUAUGCAAUACCCUCUACUUGUUAUCGCAUUAAAUGUGAAACAAAAUGGCCAACAGGCAGCCAUUUUGGAUUUUGAUAUCUAAAGAGUGUUAUCACAUUGAUUGUGAAACAAAAUGGCCAACAGGCAGCCAUUUUGGAUUUUAAUAUCUAAAGAUUGUUAUCACAUUGAUUGUGAAACAAAAUGGCCAACAGACAGCCAUUUUGGAUUUUGACUGCAGAAGAAUCUAAUAACUAAUAUGCAAUACCCUCUACUUGUUAUCGCAUUAAAUGUGAAACAAAAUGGCCAACAGGCAGCCAUUUUGGAUUUUGAAGAACCCAAUACCUAAAUAUGCAAAACUCUCUCCUCCUUCCUAAAUGUAUGAUACAUUAGGGUUAUUUUACUUGUCAGAUACCCCCAAAGAUGUGAGUUUCUUCAUUUUGGAUGCAACACCUCCUACCUCCAAUAUUACACAGUUUCCUGUAAUUCCUUACAGAAUCUAUAACUAUCUGGUAAUUGUGUGUCUUCUGAGUUCAGAUACUCCCAAUAUGUGAGUUUCUCCUUUUCAGAUACAAAAUACACAAACUUAUUCUGUUCUAAUAUCCCAAAGAUAUGAUUUUCUUGCAGUCAGAAUACCCAAUACAUCUUAGAGGCUCUCUUCUGUGCUGAUACUCUGUGAUAAAAUGAAUUCUUUAGUUCUUUAGAUUUCUCAGCAGUGUCAUAAAAACAAUUAUACUAUGAUUAGGAUUAAUUUGCUAAAAUUGGAUUUAGAAAUGGAUCUCCAUCCCUAGAGGUGCUUGAAGGAUGGAACCAAAUUGGGGAAAUGUACAUUCUUGAACAUCCUCCUUCCUUACAAGGAAUUUUAUGAAUAGUGAAUAUGAUUUCUGUUUGAUCACAAGGCUGUAACCCAACUGGAAAGUAUUUCGGAAAUUAUUUGUCAUAUUUGAAAUUCUUUGUUAAAUGAAUGAAUGACUGAAUUAGCCAGGAGAGCAUUGCAGGCCCCUUAUGCCUCUUGAUUGUUGUGCUGUAGUUAAAGAGGUUGUUUUCAAUGAAGAUCUUUGAUCCUUAUCAAAUUUAUGCUGCAUCUGCUUACAUCAUUACAUGCAUAUACCAGCUAUCAAGUAACCUGUUGUGGAUGCAUUUGUUGAAAUCAUAAUACAACUAUAUUUUGUACCUAUUUUGUGAUAAUUAAAUUAUCUUUGAAUAAAAUUACACAACAAAAACAUCA